AUGCAGCCAUCACCACCAUACACUGAAAAUAAGCUGCUGCUCAUCAUCACCUUGAUACUUGCGUCUUUCUUUACAGCAUUCUACAUUGUAUAUACACCGCCAUCAUCUACAUUACAUGCCUCAGGAACCGUCAAUUUGGCAGAGCAAAACAACAAAGUGGAAAGGGUAGAAAAUGCAUGCGAUAAAGUUGACAUCUUGUGGCUAGCCGGCGACAGAAUGUACUGGGAUGGGUGGGCUGAUAAAACCAUGUUCAUGAGAAAAGAUGGCACUUUUACCAAGGGAAAUGUGUAUAUUGAGCAAGGUGACGAAAUCUGCGUGGUUGUAUUGCUUGGUCCUACACCAGCUCAAUCCUCGAUCAAAGAUGAAGAUCAUCUUGGCACCAAAGAUAGCAUCGCAUUAUUUGCAACUGGCAACUCCACCAAAAUCACCAUCGAACUGCAAGCCCACAAGACACAGACAAACGCCUACUUUGCCCCUGUCAGAUUCAACCAUGCCGAUACCUACAAACUAGAUGCAGUCGAUGAAUACAGAUCCUACUUUUGGGAGGCACCCAUUUUACAUAGCUACAAACCAUAUAGAUUUCGGUCCCAGAACUACCUGAUAGUGGCCAAAUCAGAGACCCCAACAACGCUACCCACGUGCCAAAGCGAUACUGAUCUUCGAGGAAGCUGGGUCAAUGCCACCAUCUUCAAGAGCUCCAACAGCAGAUCUAUCUAUACCAUGUUUGAAAACAACCAGAAGGAGUUCCUCCAUAACGGGAAAGUAUUUGUUCCUGAUACCUGUCAGCUGGAGUUUAAGAGCACAGGUCAAGCAGCUGCUUGUCUCGGCACAAGGACAGUGCAUGUGUGGGCUGAUAACAAUCUUAGAAGAAAUUUGAAGGCUAUUGAUUUCGAUGGUAGCAAAUGGUGCGACGUAGAAGCUAUUUCCAAGGUCCUGAGUAAAUCUUCAAGACAAAAGCAAUCCGCAUGCAUCUGCAACGAUAACGGAGAAGAUCCAGCUAAAUAUCCUUGGGUGACAGAUCCUCAUGUGCCUUUAGAAUUAGACAAUGCAUGGGAUAUUGACGCCAAGUUUUUUUACAACAAUGUUGCUGGUAGUCUGACAGCCAACAAUCAGCCUAUUUUGGAGCGAAUGGAGAGAUAUACCACCACAAAUACCACUACAAGGGCAGAUCUUGUUAUUGUUGGACUUGGCAAUGACGACAUUCAGGCACUGAAAGUAUCACCCAACGAAUUUGCAGAGGCGUUCCAAGAGAUGCUGAUCAAUGUACGACAUGUAUAUCCAACACAGCCUAUCAUUGUACGCACUCCUCAAUACUUUUGCUGUGGCACCCUUUACACUUCCUCUUGGAAUACAGGCCGUAGUUUGACAUUUAGUAACACAGUGCGCGACCUUGUUCGUUCUUUUGAUAAUAUGUUCCUCUGGGAUGUACAUCGUUUAGGCACUGAAGAGACCACUUGUCAUAAUCAAGGGACAAGCUACUCGAGUCGAAAUGUAGUCAACAUGGAGAACCAGCUGCUGUAUAAUUUGAUCUGCACUGCAACUCAAACCCCAUAA